AUGGCUCUCCCAACUAUGAAUGGCGAUCAAGGUCCUACCUCUGAGCAAGGUAGUUGGGACCUCUUGUCCUCCCGCUCCGACGAGCUAUCUUCCGGCUCCUAUGACUUCAACGGAGUUGGCACCGCUUUUGGUGACCUAGACUCCCGUCCCUCUGACAUGAGUCUCGCGCUGUCGGCCAACAGCGACGAAGUCAGCUUGAGAUUUGAAGAGCAAGACUACCUGAUCAAGUCCAAGCUUGCCAGUGUCGAGACUCAACUCGACUACAUGAGCGACACCGCCAACUUCCCCAACCUAUCAGCGGAAGAAAUAAUGAGCCAACGCGAGGCUCGGGAACAGGCUCGUGCCGAUCUAGUGAGACUGAAGGAGGAGAACCGUUUGAACCGUAUCCGCUAUGAUGAACUGCGAGAUGAGAUCAUCGGCUCAACUGAUGGAAACCUCACUCCUACCCAGGUUCUGGCCAAGAUGGAGGAGCUUGGCCGAGUUGAGGUUGACCUUCUUGAGAGUAACAUGGCGUUGCGAGAGAUGAACCAAGCCCAAGGUGACUCCUCAUCUAGAAGCGAUUUUGCCCGCUCAGAUGGUAACUCCGCUGCCGAUGGCGGCAACAAUGAUGCAUCCCCUACCAACCAAGGCCUUGCAUCUGAUGAUCAGGACGCCCCCACCAGCAACCAGAAUGAGACCGUCUCUAUUCGUUCUGAUGAUGAGAUUUACAUGAUCAACAUCAAUUCGGUUUUCGAUCCUGACAGUCCCGCUGAUUCUCGUCGUGUGCUCCUCGAAAAGAUCCCACAGGGCACUACUCUCACCCAGAUUGCCAACGCGGUCUGCGGUAUUGGCGGUCUAGUCCGCAUCUCCUUGAUGCACAACCUUGUAAACAGCGGCACGGCCUUUAAGGUGGCUUGUGUCGAGUUCCGCGACUCCGCAGCUGCCAGGAAGUAUGUUGCCAACGUCAAGGCCAACGGACUUGAGCUUGUUGACGGCACCGGACGCUUCUUCGAGAUUGAAGUCAAGCUUAUUAACUCCACAUCCUCCUACGAUUCCCGCCAUGGGCACCCGCUUGAAUAUGGUGUCGGCUAUCACACCGAGCACUCGGGUCGAUGUAUCACUCUCGAGAACUUUCCUACAUCUGCCAUUUGGCAUCUCCUUACUCGAUUCGGAACCAAGUACAUUAUCCGUGCUUCCUUUUCCCCAAAUGAUAACCAAAUGAACGGCAAGCUGUCUAUCGAGUUUGCCAGUGUCUUCGAGGCUGGUCGUCUCUGUUACAUGAUUCUCAACCAUGUCUUCCUACCCUACCAUGGACCUGCUUCUAAGAUGGGGUUUGGCCCGACUCCUUCUGACCGCGAUGUUGUGGAACUGACCAACUCCGUCUCUAACACGAUCGCUCAUGUCCCCCCUAAGCAUCUAUCUGAUGCAUGGAACGUGCAGCCGUUCAACCUGUUCACCCCGUCAUUGAACUUUGCGUAUGGCACUCCCAUCCCUCGACGUGCGGUUACCAGCCGCACCUCGUCGAUGAACGUGGAGGUGGUUUCUCGCACCCCAUCGAUGAAUAUCGAGGUACCUCACACCCCGUCGACGAAUGCUGAGGCGUCAAGUCGCCCGUCAAUUAACGUGGAGACGUUGCACCGUCCGUCUUGCUACCCAGGAAACUAUGCCGUUGUUCCGCAUAUCCUCGUCCGCGAUGACAAGAACUCUCCUGACCUCCGAGAUAUCCAGAUGACCAACAUCACUUUCAACUUCGUUGACGGCAACACUAAAUACAUCAUCGUUAAGGGCAAGAUAUUUUCUCGUCAAGUCAACGGCGAUAUCUACACGAAGCUCGAUGACACGGAGCUCAUGAAACUCAAGCAGGACAAUGUCCUUAAGACCAACUGGGCUCCAUUCUGGAGACACUAUUGCGAGGCAAAUGAAAUGCCCUACCUGCCCAAGUACGCCGAGUAUGGCCGUGUCGCUAGUGUCCGCCGCAACAUCAACAAGAAGUUCGGGUUCGCGUCGUCCUGGAACCCGGAGAGACUCACCGCGAUCCCCAAUCAGAUCAAAGCAUAUCUGAACCCCAAGUCUCGCAAGGUAGUCUCGACAGCCGAGGCCGAGCAAAAGUAG